CCAGUCAUUUUGUGAAGUUAGGUCGUCUCUGAGCACUACUGGAUUGGGCCCGACACACAGUUUAGGCAGAGGAACACCUAUCUUCCCCCUGAUUUGUGGAUCACUUAGUUGGGAGAUUUGCCUCCAAAUGCUCAGAGGCAGGAAUAUAAAAGAGAGGAAGCCAGAAAAGGGAUUCAUGAUGGGGGCAGUUGUACAGCAUGGUUGGAGGUGAAGAUUACUUGAGCAGUGGUGUUUUGAAUAAACUGGACCGAGGGUGCCUUAGGGAGGAGAAGCUCAUUGUUAUCCAUAUCAAGGUACCUUUGACUUGGUUUGAAGAUCAGCUAUGGAAAAAUGGAGCUUAAUAACAAUUACUGUCUUACUAGGACUUAUUGUACGCUGGUUGGUAUCAUUUGGUUCUUAUUCAGGUGCAGGAAAACCACCUAUGUAUGGAGACUAUGAAGCUCAGAGGCACUGGCAAGAAGUUACUUACAAUCUACCCAUCAAGGAAUGGUACUUCAAUACCAGUGACAAUAAUCUGCAAUACUGGGGCCUUGAUUAUCCACCUCUUACUGCUUAUCACAGUCUCUUGUGUGCUUAUGUUGCAAAGUUAAUAAAUCCCGAUUGGAUUGCUCUCCACACAUCCCGUGGGUAUGAGAGUCAGCCACAUAAGUUAUUCAUGCGUGCAACAGUUCUUAUUGCUGAUUUGCUGGUUUACAUACCUGCAGUUAUCUUGUAUUGUUGUUGUUUAAAAGAAACAUCAACUAAGAAAAAGAUUGCCAGUGCUCUCUGUAUAUUGCUUUAUCCAGGCCUCAUUCUCAUUGACUAUGGACAUUUUCAAUAUAACUCUGUGAGCCUGGGCUUUGCUUUGUGGGGUGUACUUUCUCUCUCUUACGAUUGGGACCUUUUAGGAUCACUGGCAUUUUGCUUGGCCAUAAAUUAUAAACAAAUGGAACUCUACCAUUCACUGCCAUUCUUUUGCUACCUACUUGGAAAAUGCUUCCAAAAAGGCCUUACGGGAAAGGGGUUAGUGUUGUUAAUUAAAAUAGCAUUUAUGGUGGUUGCUUCUUUUGCAAUUUGCUGGCUCCCAUUCUGCACAGAAGUGGAACAAAUCCUGCAAGUACUCAGAAGACUCUUUCCCAUUGAUCGAGGCUUAUUUGAGGAUAAAGUAGCCAAUAUUUGGUGUAGUCUAAAUGUCCUUAUAAAGAUAAAGAAUGUGCUGUCACCUCAAACCCAGCUUAAACUCAGCUUUGCUUUUACAUUUCUGACCCUGCUUCCGGCUUGUAUAAAACUAACCCUCCAGCCCUCUCUCCAAGGAUUUAAAUUUGCUCUGAUUAGUUGUGCAUUGUCAUUCUUCCUGUUCUCCUUCCAAGUACAUGAAAAAUCCAUUCUUCUAGUAUCAAUACCAGUCUGCUUAAUGAUAAAUGAAAUUCCGUUGAUGUCUACAUGGUUUUUACUUGUGUCAACCUUCAGCUUGCUGCCUCUUCUGUUAAAGGAUGGCCUGCUUCUGGCCUAUGUGGUGACCACACUGGCGUUUCUGAUCGUAUGUUUAACUUCUUUUUCAAUAUUUGAAAAGACUUCAGAAGAGGACUUGCAGCUGAAGUCACUCUCCCUUUCUAUUAGGGGAUACAUUCCUUCAUUUAAGGCAUUCUCAAAGAUUAUUAAGAGUCUGUUUAUUGUCUCAGUAACUCUGAUGGGCAUCCUCACUUUAAUGAGUGCCACACUGACUCCUCCACAGAAGCUUCCAGAUUUAUUUCCUGUAUCUGUGUCUGUUGUUUCCUGCUUACACUUCUUAUUCUUCUUGAUGUAUUUUAAUGCUGUUGUACUGUGGGACUCAAGAAAUGCUAGAAAGCAGAAGAAAAUUAACUAGUUAAAUCCUAACCUGUGAAAACUCAAGACUAAACUGGAAAGAAAAUAUUUUCAGUGAAAAUAUCAGUUACAACAGGCAGCUCUAAAUCACUGUCUUAUUUAAUAUAUUUCCUGUGAUCUAAUGAAAACCAGGAAACAAAUAGUUUUACAUUUAAACACCAAAGAAUAAGUUAAUGACUUUUAUUUUGAGGAAGAGUAGCUACUAUCAAACAGUGUUUGAAAUCUAACUUGACUUGUUAUAUUCUCAAGAACUUCUGAUAUGGUUUUGCAAUAUGAAAAGGCUAUUUGUAAACUGAAAACAAUUAAAUGCAGGAAGUCUUGACCCUUAACUAGCAGUGCCAGUUUAAUUUAGCAAAGCCAUGAAUAUAAUUUGCUAGUGUCAAGUCAUACAUUUCCCAGCAUGAAAUGUGGAAGAGAUACAAAGUAAUAUGGGUUAAACAAUAACUCUUGGUUGGUGCUUCUAAGUGGCAUCUCUUGCUGGCUUCUUUUGAUUACAUAAAUUAAACUGCCUUGUACACUAUUUCACUGUCAUUAUACUUUCAUAUGAUAUGCUUAAAAUCAUCCAGGCCACUGCACUAAUAUCCAUGACUCACUAUCAUAGUUCAUGGUAACAUCACCAUCUUACUCUGGCAAUAACCCCUUUACCAGCUGAAGUCCAUUUUUAUUCUAAGAGUUUCAGGGUGCUGUGGUUGCUGCUAUUGUUUUUCCUACAUAUCUUUUUUCAUAUGGGUAAUAUAACUUACAAACUAGAUAAUUGUCAAUUUUACGACCUAAAUGGAAUGGUCAGUUUUUAAAUUAAAAUCUGGUUAAACUGCA